AUGACAGCCACAGAAAACGAUCAACACUUCAAGAUAUUACUCAUUGGUGACUCAGAUGUUGGUAAAACGAGUCUUAUAACGCGUUUCACUAAUGAUACAUUCAAUGAGAGCUUGAAACCAGCUAUUGAUGUCGAGUUCACGACGAAGUUGAUUGUAAUUGAUGAAGAACCAUUGAGAUUACAAAUUUGGGAUUCAUCGGGUCAAGAACAACAUCACAUUGUCUCAAGUGCUUACUGUCAAGAUGUGCAAGGUAUCAUCAUGGUUUUUGACGUUACGAAAGCUGAAUCGUUUGAGAAUACAAAAUUGUGGUUACAGGUAAUCGAACAACAUUCGGGUGAAAAUGAAAAGAAAUUAUUAAUUGGUAACAAAUGUGAUUUAACGUAUGAUAGGGUUGUUGGUCAUGAAACAGCUAAAAAAUUCGCUGAUUCAUUAAGUAUGCCUUACCUAGAAACAUCAGCAAAACGUUCAAUUAACGUUGAACAAGCAUUUACAAUUUUAGCUGCUGAGCUUAUGUCGAUUCCUAAGAUAGAGGCAUCUUGCAUGAGUUAUCAGUUGACAACUGAACCGACAGCAAGUACGACUCUGACCAAAUCUGAAUGGUAA